UGCGCAGUAGCACUGAGGUGACAAUUUGCGCAUGCGUUGACUUGAUCAUUCAGUCCUACAGGAGGUGCUGUUGCCAUAUGCUACUCUUCAUGCUGUGACAUUGAGAAGAAGGGGCCGGUCGGCAUCAUGAGGUUGACGGCGUUGCUGUCCAUGGCCGCCCGGGUGGUAGUGCCCAAGAACUACCGUUACGGGAGCAGUAGGCCGUGGACCGUGGCUGCCAAGCGCCGUAAUCCGCCGGGCAAGACUAGAAACAAAGUGUUCGUGGAGCCGAUCGCGGACGAGGACUGGACUGUGCUCCGAGGGGACACUGUGGAGAUUUUGUCCGGAAAGGACAAAGGCAAACAGGGGAAGGUCACCCAAGUCUUCAGGCGCAGAAACUGGGUCAUACUUGAGGGUCUCAACACACAUUACAGAUAUAUUGGUAAAACUGAAGGCUACCGUGGGACGUACAUCGCCAGCGAAGCCCCCAUCUUGGUGCGGGACGUCGGCCUCGUCGACCCUGCAGACAGGAAGCCAACAGAGGUGGAGUGGAGGUUUACAGAAGAGGGUGAGAGGGUGCGAGUAUCGGUCCGGACUGGUCGCAUCAUCCCCAAACCGCUGUUUGAGAGACGUGACGGCAUUGUGCCUCAACAGUGGAAAGAUGGUCCCAAAGACACCAGCCCAGAGGACACGUUGGAGAAGACCUACACGCCCUCCUUGAAGACCCUGGAGGAGGAGGUAAUGGAGAAAAUGGGCAUCCAAGAGCACAGGAGGCACCAGCGCUCCUACUGGUACUGAGCCUGGAUGGCGGAUGCUCUUGUCAGGAUUUUUUUUUAAGUGGACUGUUUUUGUUGUUAUCUCAAUAAAUGUCACUACUAAUACUAUAUGCAUAUUUUUUUUUGACAAAAAUUAUUGGCAUCCAACUUUUCAGACUUAUUUUUUAGAGUAUUUCUUGUUUGUUGCGUGGUAAAACUUCCACUUAACGCUGCUUUUAAAAGCCAAAGAGAGACAUAUAAUUUACAAAAGUACCAACUCAGGAAUCUUUACCGUGAGUAAGUCACACAAAAAAAUGGACUUGACAUUCCUCACAAAGCCACACAUCUGAAUCCCAGCAGGGAUUGCUUAACUUUAUUGGUUGAUUAUAUACUGUAUAGGCAAAAACUAGAUUAACCUGUGCAACUUUGGCUUUAUAGAUCAUAAACCCUUUAAAGCAGCUUGCUUGCCUUUUAUUGCCAAUUACAGCACCAAUGCAGUGUUAAUCAUUGCCAUUUUGUUUCAUGAAACCUGACUUUUUACGCCACACAUACACUUUAGCAUCCAGUUGAGACACCCACUCAACCCUGUAUACAUCCUGUUUAACGUCUCUUUGUAGUUGAGUGACUGUCAAGGGUCAGAAAGUACGGGUCAUGACAUGUCAGGUGUCAAAUAAUUCUGGUUAAUGUCACAAUAUUGAUCUCCGAUUCACUUACAGUUAAUGCAGGUUUGAUGGUGACUGUUUUUAAUUAAAUUUACAUGAUUUUCCAAUGAAAAAUGUGUCUUGGUGACACUAAAUGGUAUUUUUUUUUCUCCCAUCCUGUGUCCAGCUGCCAAAGUCAUUGUAUGCGUCACAGUCUGGAUUUGCCGACAUUGCCGGGCAGCGCAGUAAAAUGGCCAACUUGUCGAUGAGGGCAUUUUUUUUUUUCCCCCAGACCACGUCCCUUAAUCCUCAUCCAUCCAUUCUGCCUUGUUCACAUCCAAGAGGGAAUAAAACUAGCCAGUCAGCGGAAAGUAGCUUUUGAGGCUUUUUUUCUGCCUCCUACAGGAGGAAAAAUGACUCAAAAGCCUUGAUGUGCUGUAUGCGAUUCCACCAAGGUGAAUGGAGGGUAUUUUUCCUUUGAAACAUUCACAGUAUCUUGUGCCUAAAAUAUCCAUUCUGGUCAGUUUGUGUGCUAAACAUAAGUGCAGAGAGUCGUUUUCAACA